AUGAGGUCGACAUUCGCCGCCGCGUUGGCCGCUCUGGCUGCCCAGGAAGUUGCCGGGCAUGCUACCUUCCAGCAGCUUUGGGUUGACGGCACCGAUUAUAUAAGUCUUCCUUGCGCCCGCGCCGUGAGCGGCAAGUGCCCCGUCAAGGCGGGCGGGACCGUGACGGUGGAGAUGCACCAGCAGCCCGGCGACCGCAGCUGCAACAACGAGGCCAUCGGCGGGGCGCACUACGGCCCCGUGCAGGUGUACCUGACCAAGGUGUCGGACGCAACCACGGCGGACGGCUCGACAGGCUGGUUCAAGAUCUUCUCCAACUCGUGGUCCAAGAAGUCCGGCGGCAACUCGGGCGACGACGACAACUGGGGCACCCGCGAUCUCAGCAACUGCUGCGGGCGCAUGGACGUCCCCAUUCCCAAGGACCUCGCCUCGGGCGACUACCUGCUUCGCGCCGAAGCCCUGGCCCUGCACACGGCGGGCCAGGCCAACGGCGCCCAGUUCUACAUGAGCUGCUACCAGAUCAGCAUCGAGGGCGGUAGCGGCACAGCGAGCCCGGCGACGGUCAAGUUCCCCGGAGCGUACAGCGCAAACGAUCCGGGCAUCAAGAUCAACAUCCACUCGGCGCUGAGCGGGUACCAGGCGCCCGGUCCCGCCGUGUAUGCGGGCGGCACGACCAAGCAGGCCGGUUCCGGGUGCUCCGGGUGCGAGAAGACGUGCAAGGUCGGCUCGUCGCCCACGGCGGUGGCGCCAUCCAGCGGCGGCUCCACUGGCGGGAACAGCGGUGGUGCGGCGCCCGGGGGCGGGAACGCAUGCUCCGUGCAGGCGUAUGGGCAGUGCGGUGGCGAUGGGUACUCGGGUUGCACUGAGUGUGCGUCCGGCUACACUUGCAAGGCGGUUUCUCCGCCGUACUAUUCGCAAUGCGCUCCUAGUUCUUAA